AAGGUUUUAAACCCCUGUUGCUGUUUAAGUUAUUCAAACAUUGUGUUCUCUGUCAGUUUCGUUCUCACAACUCAAGUGGUUCGGUUAGUAAACUGUGAAUUAAAGUCUUAUAAUCCUUAAAGUCUUACUAUUCUUAAGUGUAAAAUCUGCUCGAUGGGACCCAAAGACAGCGAUUGGGUGGACGUGGCAAACAAUGUUUUGUUGAAAUGUCACAUUAACCUGAGGCUGGAAAGGAUGUCGGAGUGUGAUGCAAAUGUGUUUGUGGCUUUGUAUGAGGCGAUCCUGGGAGAGAAAGUACCAGAUUAUGUACCUGUUGAGCGUCAGGAAGAUGACAUCCACAAUGUGCAGUCUGUUAUUGAUUCACUGGCCUUAGACUACCUUCAGAUUAGUUUAUCUCACAUCACAGGUGAGAAUAUAGUUAGAGGAGAAAAGGAAUCUAUCAGAAACCUGUUGGAGAUUUUUGAUGGUCUUUUGGACUACCUUGUAGAACAGCAGAGUGACGAGGAUCCCCAACAUAAAGGGCUCGAUGGAAAGACCAGUGUUGCCAAUGCAACAUUUCAGCCUCAAAAGCAAGACACGAACGAGACGCAGACCAUUCAACUUAUCAAUAGAGAAAGUUCAUUGUCUUGGCAGAGGAAUAGAGAGGCAGAGCAAGAACUACAUAAGAUGUCGGAGAAACUAUCACGUCGUUUGGAGGAACUUGACCUGAUGUUGAAGCGUGCUCUAAGUGAAACUGGGCAGACGUGUGAACCAGGGAAGGAAGAGUGUCAUCAUAGCGACAGCAUCAUGGACUGUGUCAUAAGUUCAUGUCAUUCCAGAGCUCAUGAAAACUCAUUGCCUCCCUUCCUUUCACCUGUACAGCACUCUAUUCAGCAAGAUGCUCUGACCAGAGACUCCUACAAUACCAGUCACAGCCAACUACAGCACAGAAGCAGCCAGGAGCAAGCAGAAAUUACCACUGAGAGACUCGGUGCUCAGAAAACAGAGAUUGAAUACCACCAAGCUUUGUGUAGAGAAGCUCCUUCUGUUCACCGAUACUACACCAAGUCAUCUUGUUCUCGAUCUUCUGGAACUAAAUUACAACAGACAGCCAGAGGAGAUACAUAUUCCAUGAGAGUGAAAGACUACAAUCUUCUUCCCAUUCUGCUGGAGGAGCUACCACAAUUGCAGCUCUCUCCUCAUACUGUGUCCAGUUUAUGGAAACAACAGCUCCGACAGAUUGACCAGCUCAGCUCCACCCAAAACCAAAAUAGACAGACUCAGUCUAAACUUCUAAAACAACUAGAAGAAGCUCGUAAAAGACAUGGCAUGUUGGUGCAGAUAAUCCAGAAAGAAAAAGAACACAACCGUCGCCUGAGAGAGUUCAGGCAGCGGAUCCAACAGCAGAAGUUGGCUCAAAAUAAGCUUAAAGAACAGAGGCGACAGGUUGCUUGUGCUAAAAAAUAUUACAGCAUCUUUCAUGCUCAGCUACGUGCUAGACUGAUGCAAACAAAGACACAAGAAGACCAAAAGCUCAAGCAGAUUUUUAAAGGAGGAUUGGAACUGCAGAAAGCUCAUUUGAGGGAGCAGCAUGCAUAUACUAAAGAACUGCAUCAGGAGAAUUACCGCAAAUACAAAGAUGAGAUUGAGGCCAUGGAGAACUACUACAGAGACCAGAAAAAACUAUACUCUUCAUGUGCUAUUGAUUAACAGUAUGAAAUGAUAGAAAUAUAAUUUUUUUCUGCUCACUUUGAAUUAUGAUCAUUCUUAAUGCAUAGCCUAUUAAUAGACUGACUGAUUCAGUGAAAUUACACACUGUAGUGUAGAGUUUUAUUUGGUAUUUGCAAUAUACUCUUAAUUUCAUGUUGUCUCUCAAGUUUAGUAUUUGCGCUAAAUAUGCACAGAUUUGGCUUGCAUGAACUUCAAUAAGUGAACAUCAUUUACAAAAAGUAGCCCACCACAUUGGUUAGUGAUUUGUUAGUGUUACCUGCCACAGGUGAUUUUUACCUGCAUUUGGAGGGUGUUCAUUUCAAACCCUGUUCUUCAGUAUUUUCACCAGCUUUCACAUUCCUAAAUGGCUUACACACCUCCAUUUCUGACUCCUCUUGUCAGUCUGGAUUUGGCCUUCUAAUUGUCCUUGAAUCAGACCAAUUUUUAAUUAUUGAAUCUUAAUGAUCUCUGUAAUACAUUUUUGUUGGUUUUGUUCUGUUUACCCUGGAGGCUGCUGUGAUUUCAUGCUCUGUUUAUAGCCACACCUUUUAAGGAAUACCCUUCUGUGACUUAUGGGGGGAACAUGGGGGAUAUGGAACAAUAUGUAUGAGUAAUUUGAAAUGUAUUUGAAAAAAAUGGCAAUGCAAUAUGUAAAAUGCCAGUGUUUUUCUGUAUUUAAAAUUAUUUUUUUCCAUUUCCAUUUCCUACACUAGAUUUCAUAUGCAUAGUAAAAAAAAAAGUUGCAAAAUUUAAAUGAAAAUGUUUUUUCCAAAUUGAUUAGAUUAGCGUGUAAAAGCAAAACUAUAGAGAAAUUAUAAUUUAAAUGUUAAAAAAUGUUUAAAACUCGAACCAAGUCCAAGUCAAGUUUGAGUCCGAGUACAAUAAAAGUCUUAUGUAUUGGUAACUUAACAUUGUUUUAUCCUUUACAACUAGAAAAACGCAAUGUCCAUUUAAACGCAUUGUCCAUUGUUACAAAAGCAAUCAUAUAUUGCAUCUUGCCAUUUUGAUUUUUGCUUGGCAAACUUAGUCAUUUAAGAGAAGUUAUGACUGAAUUGAUUUAUGUAUUGUGACACAUUUCAGAGUGAAAAUUCAUUUGUUGUUAAAGUAUGUAAAUGGAUCGCUUUAUUUUACAGUCUUAUUUCCAUAUACUUACUAUGUAAGUACAUGUGUAUUUAUCUAUUAGUUAAUGUACAGAAUAAGCUAUGCGGUACUCAAGUUGGGGGUAUAAACAUGGACCCUGGUACAUAGUGAGAAUAUGGAAAUAGGACUGUAAAAUAAAGUAUACUAUUUUACAUAGAAAUUACCAACACUUCCCCUAUGAGGAUGUGCCUGCUUGUACCCAUUUGUCCAUGAGUACUACAUAUUUACAAUGUAUGUUAAGAAUGCACCAAAAUUUCGAAAGAGAAAAACAGCCGAAAAUACGGGACAAAAAUGUUAUAUAUAUUAUAUGGCACGCCCGCCCUGUCAUUCUGUGCUUUGACGCUCCGCUCAGUAUCCACUCAAAUACGCGCCAACAGUAAUUUUCUAUGUAGUAUACUUGUUCCUGUUAGCAGUAGCGCUACUGUGCUGUAACAUGCUGUAGUAAAGCUGACUCUACCCUCUUGUGACAGUUGUUUUCUGUUGUAUGGAAAUGAAUAAAAAUGAGCAAAUACAUUUAUUACAGUAUUUAAUAAUCUGUCUUAAUGUUAAUGAUAAUACUGUUGUUCAUGUUUAUUCUGAGUGCACUGACAAGCACAAUUAUUGAUUUUAAUACUGCUUUAGUAAAUGUUGCAAUUAACAAUAACCAAUAUUAAUAAAUGAAUGAAUAAACUAUUGUUCAUUAUUAAUGUUAUCAGUAGUAACAAUAGUAGUUAAAUUUUGUUACUUUCAGUACCAAUAAAAUUUAGUUAAUUAAAAAGUCUUACAAAUGAAUAAUAAAUAAUUUUAUUUAUUUUUAGUUUUGGUUUUCCGCCAAUUGCAUCCAGAAUUUUUGGUUUCGGCACAGAAUUUUCAUUUCGGUGCAUUCCUAAUGUAUACAUAUUAGUAACUACAGUAAAAUGUUUAAUUAGUUACCAUGUAUGGAUACUAUCUGUAAGUGACCAUUCUUACCCACACUUGUCUCUUAGUAUGAACUAAUUACUAUGCAUGAAUGACGGUUAUGUUUCUUAUGGUACCAUGUACAUACACUUCAGGUAAGUACCUUGUGUUACCACUCAUUUGCCAGUAGAUAGAAUGAAUGUAUGUACCAGGGUAGAAUACAUACUGUAAAAUAGAGUGCUACUACUCUUGCUAUAGUUUUUGCUGCUGGCGCAAUGUUCUUUUGUUUAUGCUUUCAAAAGAGGACACAACUAUAAAUAAGGUAAUAAAUAAUAAUAAUAAUAAAUAAGGUUUGUUCUCUUUAUCUGAUUGUGCUCUGCUGGUGUAAAUUCCUACUUUUUUGCUGUUGAAUUUUUCAUUAUCCAAUUUGUCUCGUGCUUACACAGUUGUAGUAAUCACCAAGUCAAGUGACACGUAAAAAUCAAAUAUAUUAAUAUUCAUCAUCUACCCCUAGGACAAUCCCAAUAUUUGCAUCAGUGUCAAUAGUACCUUCGCACAUACGCCAGCCACCCAUGCUGUUUGCUCUGCUGCACCCCAUGAAAGACGUUUGCUUUUGCUUGUUGCUAAUGAAAGACUGGAUGGUCUCUUUGGUCUUUGAGACUGAGAAUUCAAAAUCCAUGUUCCCCUAAAAACAAGUUAAAAUAUGGACUAAUUUGAUUACACCACAUAUUUUCAGAUUGUCUGACUGUCUGAGUUGAGCUCUGGCCCAGAGAACACAACUGCAUUGCUGCAUUCUCCUAGAGUAAGCUUUUAUUCGAGCUGCAUUUCAUACAGUGGUUUUCUGAAGUACUCUUAAGUCCAUAUGGCUAUAUUUAACAACAUAGCAUGACAGUUCCUUAUCCAGUUCCAUCAGAGGACUCAAAAGUCAUGCAAUUCAGGUGAUAUUAUGUAUGGUACAAUAUUAUGUAUGGUACUUGGUGAAAGACCAUUUUGCAUUGUGAAAUGUGAUUUUCAGCUUUGUUUGCAAUGACUGAUUCUCCUUUUAUAUCCAAGCAUAAUACCUUGACCUAUUUCCAAUUCUUACUGGAAAACAGUUUAACAUGGAUAUUCUCUAACCUAUUUUUUUUUUUUUUUUUUUUUUUGCCUCUGUCCUAACUUUGGAAUGUGUUACAACAGUCAAAAACAAAAGUUGUUCGUAUUUACAAAAUACAUUUACAUUGGUCAAUGUAAAUUUGGAAUAUUUUUAUUUUUUUGUACUUUUGUCAAUUAAAUAA